AGAAGAAGACGCCUAUAACGAAACACCGAGCUACCGAGUCCGAACUACAUUGGUUCAGCCGAAGAUAAAACCAUGUAAUGGCUGAAUAUACAUUUAUUAGACACUUAAUAUCACGUCAGUUUGUGCUUUCAGAAUCGGUUAAUCUGCGCUGCGGUCGUUUCAUCACAUCCGGAGCGCACAUCUGAACCAGGAAACGGAUGCCACUUCUUAGCACAACAGAAGCAGCAGACAGGCCGAAUGAAGCUUCAGGAGGAAACUUUACUCCAACGUUGUAUCUACUUCAUCUGUGUGUUUACACUGCUGAUAAACAAAGUCUCUCUGCAGGUCACAGGUGAUGUUGGCGGCUCUGUUGUCCUGCCGUGUUCUUCAACUGAACCUGAUCUUAAACCUCAAGACAUUAAUGUGCACUGGAGAGACAAAGACAGGAAGAUUGUGUAUGAUAUAGUCAUGGGUAAUUAUGCACAAGAGUUACAGGACCAAGAGUACAAGAACAGAGUUGAAACUUUCCCUCAGGAGUUUCUGAAAGGAAACGUCUCCAUCAAACUCAACAAUCUUCAACACACUGAUGCAGGGACAUACAGCUGCAUCAUCACUCCCUCAUCUGAACAUCUGACUGUACAGCUCAUCAUCAAUGAAUCAAGUGCAGGAAACAAAAUCACUGAUCUACAAAAUGAAGGAGAAGCUUCUGAAGCAGACAAGAAAUCAUUGCUCUGGGUUUAUAUUGUAGUAGGGGUAUUAAUAGGGCUUGUAGGGCUUAUAAUCGGUCUAAUAAUCAAAUUUCGCAAAAAACAAUUUAAAUUCUCUUGUGUCAAAACUCAAUAAGAACAGACACAAAUGACAUAAACAGGUCUAAAAGUUUCACUUAAAAUAUAAAUAAAUUUGUUUUUAGCAAAAUUUUACUAACUUUCAUUAGAUGUUGCGUGAGACCGUUUUGAGCUGUUAUGUUGUUGUCAUUUGCGCUGUAUUGUUCCUGCUAUUUUAUAACAGAACGAGAUUGAAACACUAAAACAAUAAGAUGUUUUGUUAAAGGUGUUUUAUUUUAAAGGCCUUUGAAUAUGUUACUGCUUUAAUUCUGUACCACAAGUGUUCUUUCUUCAUGUUGUGGUGAUAUGAGUUUGUGUGUUCCUUCAGUGAACAUAUGGCCAGACACUCAGGGUUCAGAUCGAGAUCACUAUAAAACUUUGCAGACUGUAGAACACAGUCAGCGUCUUCGCAAAAUCAGUAGAUUAUAUUUAUUUGCUUCACCUGCUCUACUCCAGUCUAAUAUUAUGGGAUCUUAAAGAUUAAAUAUAUCUGUCCAUGUUAUCACAUGUAUGUGAAUGUAAAAAGAAUCUGUUGGUGGUUAGAAAUUUAUAUUUGAUUAAAAGUGAAUGUUUUCCAAUAAAUGUUUUUGCAUGUUU